AUGAUAAAACGGGAUAUGAAUCCACUCGCAGAUCCGUGCUACAACGCAGACGAGUAUUUCUGCGGUGGCUGGAGGGCCCGCACGCCUGUGCCAGCGGAUGAGAGUUCGUGGACGUUGGCUUUCGACACCUUAGCCCGCGACACACGGGAAUACUUGAAGAGUACGCUAGAGGCUAAGAGCUGCGCGGACAUGCGAGGAGAGCUCCGCCGGCAGCAAACCAGUCAGGCAGAACGGAAGGCACCGGAAAGUCAGUCUGUUUCGAGUGAGGAUUCCCGCAGUUCCGCUUCGACAGAGGAAAAGAAAGAAAGAACUUUAGAUGAAUGGGAUGUGCUCGCCACAUGCAUCUAUGAAGCAUGCAUGGAUGAAGAGGCCAUCGACACACGGGGGGCGACGCCACUCACAGAUCUCAUGUUCGGGGAGUCUGACUCGAGAACAAUGUCGCUGGAGUUCCUGCUCAACGGAGACUUUUCGCAGGAGGCCAAGGAGCUUGCCGAAAAGGAAGGAAGCGCUGUUCAGUCCUCACCUUCCUCUGCUCCCACAUCCUACCGGCGCCGAGUGGCAGUGAUCGUCCAGCGGCUGCAGGCGAUCUUUCACAGACUGAAGGACGUCCUUUUCUGGUCGGCAUACGUUGGACCGAACGAGCUGCACCCAGACCAAGGGCAAACGCUGAACCUGGGGAGUCUCAAACUUGGGUUGUCUUACCAUUUCUACGAGGACGAUCAUUUGGACUACCAGAUGUACUACAGGGAGCACAUCUCAAACCUUCUCAAGAUAUUCGAGACGCAUGUGGCCAGAACGCACCCGGAUUUGAUGGAUAGCGCACAACAGAGGAACCCUAACAUGAAGCGCAGCCACACAGAGCGAGCACGCAGAAUUUUCGAGUUUGAGAAGGGGUCCCUUCGCCCUCUCGUGCUCUCCCCAGAAGAAUUGCGUAAGGUCAAAGAAUACACGCACGAGAUUACUUACGGCGAACUGAAAGCGACCACGAAGGUUCUGGACGUUGAGGCGCUGCUCCACAUGUAUCUCGAUAUGAUUCCUCGGCUCGAGUCCGAGAACGACGAGGGCCCGGUGUCUUCGUCCUCGCUGGAGGGGAAGAUCACCUUCACUGCGUCCGGUGUUCACGUGGACGAUCGUGUCGUUCUGCUUAUCCACGAGAAAGACUACUUUUCGAAGCUCGAAGCCAUGUUUCAGUCUGUGGACUGGGACGUGCUGCACGAUUACCUGCUCUACAAAGUUGUGCGCAGCGAUGCAAGUCUGCUGGCGAAAGACUUCCGCGACGAGCUGCAGCGAUACUCGAAGCAGGUGACGAAGGCAGAUCCGCUUCCGCGCUGGCGCACGUGCGUAUCCUCCGUGCCGCAAUGGAUUUUGUCGCGGAACUAUGUGCUGGGGCGCUUCGAUAAAGAGAAGAAGCAAACGGUACAGCACAUGGCUGCCGGCAUCCGCAAAGCGUUCAGGAGUUUGUUGGAGGAGUACGCGUGGAUGGACAGCGCGACGCGCCAAGAGGCGCUCUCGAAGCUGGCGGGCAUGGAGGAAAAGAUUGGCUUUCCUGACUGGCUCCUCGAGGACUACGAGACGUAUUUCACGCGGUACUACGGGGACAAGCACCAAGCCCUCGCGCAUGCAAACGUCCACUUUGACAUCCAGUGGCAUCUGGGUCUGGAGGCGAUUCGCUCGCAGCUCUCCGAGUUUGGUCAGCCCGUCGACCGCAAGGAAUGGGCGAUGAAGCCCCACAGCGUGAAUGCGUACUUUUCGCCCUCGCAGAACGAAAUCGCGUUCAUGGCUGCGGUCCUCCAGGAGCCGUCGCUCUUUGUGGCCAGUCCGGGGGCGGGCCGCGGCGAGGAGACAGUCGUCAAGGCCUUGAGCUACGGCGCCAUCGCGGGCGUCAUUGCACACGAAGUGACGCACGGGUUCGACGACGUAGGAAAAGAAUACGACGUCCAGGGCCGGCUGAGGAAUUGGUGGACGGCAGACAGCGAGCGCGCGUUCAAGGACGAAGCGGCCUGCAUGCGCGACCAGUACAGCGCCUACCACGUCGUCGUCGCGGUGGACUCAGAUGCGAGCGCCGAAGGCACAGCAGAAGAGGUGACCAGGCUGGGCGCGAGCCUGGAGGGCGAAGGAGAAGCGACGCAGACCGCAAAGAGAACAAAGACCGUCCGCGUUCGAGGGGACUUGACGCUGGGCGAGAACAUCGCCGACAACGGCGGCGUUCAGUUGGCGUGGAAAGCGCUGAAGCUUGAGCUGUCUGCAGAGCAGCUUAACUCCCGCCCUCUUGAGAGCUACGGAGUCCCGAUGACCGCGGCACAGCUCUUCAUGUUUUCUUGGGGGCACUUUUGGUGCGAGGUCGCCCUCGACAGCUUCAUUCGCCGUCAGGUCGAGACAGAUCCACACAGCCCAGCGCGCUUCCGCAUCCAGGGGCCGCUCGCCAACUUCGCCCUUUUUGCGGAGGCAGAACAGUGCCCAGCGGGGAGUCCGUUGAAUCCAGAGAAGAAGUGCAGAGUCUGGUGA